GUCGUCGGGUGUAGCUUCGCCACUUGGGAGUGUGGAACUCAGGACGCCGACACGAGCGCGUUUCCCUCUCGUCACGAAUACCGCUCGUCGUUCAUUCUCAGGCUCGCCUCGCGACGGCCGGCUGCACUCCUCGGCUCGGUUGCACUCAGCUGCACACGCAUCGCACUCCGUUCUGACGCGUCGAGCGCGCACGCACGGAUCCCACCGAUCGGCCCACGGUCCAGGACAGAGGAGUCCCGGCAGAACCAAAAGAAAUCACCCGCUCCUUUUCACCGCGUAUCGUUUUUCCGCAUCGAAAGAAAAGCAGGAUGAGGGAGAUCGUGCAUCUACAGGCUGGACAAUGCGGCAACCAGAUUGGUGCGAAGUUCUGGGAAGUUAUUUCUGAAGAGCACGGCAUCGACCAGUCGGGCAUUUAUCAUGGUGAAAGCGAUCUGCAGCUUGAACGAAUUUCCGUAUACUACAAUGAAGCAUCUGUCGCGACGUCCACGAAUGGCGGAAAAUAUGUACCACGCGCGAUCUUGUUGGACUUGGAGCCGGGAACGAUGGACGCCGUACGUUCUGGCGCUUACGGAAAGCUCUUUAGACCGGAUAACUUCGUGUUCGGACAAUCCGGUGCGGGCAACAACUGGGCGAAGGGCCAUUACACCGAAGGGGCCGAAUUGGUGGACUCUGUCCUCGACGUGGUGCGAAAGGAGUGUGAGAACUGCGACUGCCUUCAGGGUUUCCAGCUCACCCACUCGCUGGGAGGCGGAACCGGGUCCGGUAUGGGCACCCUGUUGAUCUCGAAAAUCCGCGAGGAAUAUCCCGAUCGAAUUAUGAACACUUACUCGGUGAUGCCAUCGCCCAAAGUGUCUGAUACCGUCGUGGAACCCUACAACGCCACUUUGUCGGUGCAUCAGUUGGUGGAGAAUACCGACGAGACCUAUUGUAUCGAUAACGAGGCUCUAUACGAUAUCUGCUUCCGUACUUUGAAGGUUUCCAAUCCGAGUUACGGCGAUCUCAAUCAUCUGGUAUCUCUUACUAUGUCCGGAGUAACCACUUGUCUUAGGUUUCCCGGCCAACUGAACGCUGAUCUCCGGAAGCUCGCGGUGAACAUGGUACCUUUCCCACGUCUCCACUUCUUCAUGCCGGGCUUCGCGCCUCUAACAUCCAGGUCCAUGCAGCAAUAUUCUGCGCUCUCCGUGCCUGAACUCACGCAGCAGAUGUUUGACGCAAAAAACAUGAUGGCGGCCUGUGACCCACGCCACGGCCGAUACCUCACCGUGGCGGCCGUUUUUCGCGGUAGGAUGUCGAUGAAGGAGGUAGACGAGCAGAUGCUCAGCGUACAGAACAAGAAUAGCUCGUACUUCGUCGAGUGGAUACCGAACAACGUGAAGACCGCUGUCUGCGACAUCCCGCCGAAGGGCCUGAAGAUGUCUUCGACCUUCAUCGGCAACACCACCGCUAUACAGGAACUGUUCAAGAGGAUCUCCGAACAGUUCACGGCGAUGUUCAGGAGAAAGGCUUUCCUCCACUGGUAUACCGGCGAGGGUAUGGAUGAAAUGGAGUUUACCGAGGCCGAAUCCAAUAUGAACGAUCUGGUAUCAGAGUACCAGCAGUACCAGGAAGCCACGGCGGAAGAGGACUUCGAGGCGGAGGAGUGCGCUGAUGAUUUCGAAACCUGCGAGCAGGAAAAUUGAAAGCAGCUCGACGCUUCCUUCUAUUAGGUUUAUUUUCAGCUUCUUUGUCUCUAUCCCAUCGUCGUAGGAACUCGUAUCAUCGUGUGAGGCUCAUAAGAGAAGUCGUUUUUUGAUAUUUUUAUAUACGAUGCGUUUUGUAAUCGCUAAGACGGGCGUAAUAUAGGCGAUCGAAAUUAUUUUCUAUUUAUGAGAAUUUUGUGAUAUCGCUAUUUAUAAAGAUCAAUAUUCAAAGAUAAAAAAAUUGUGACAAAUAUUAAAUUAAUGCAAAAAUUACUAUAAUUACUUAACAUAAUUUCUUCUAUUGAUCUUUUGUUAUAUCUUUUGUUAUGUGUAUACGAUACGCCUAUGUUAUAUAUUCAGCUUAAUUAGUAAUAAUUAUAAGGAUUUUGAUAUGUCAUUUGUGUUUUUAGGCAAAUGUGGCAUGGACUAAAGUGUAAUAAAAAUUGUUGAAAAAUCAA